GCCGCCGCGGGCCGGGCCCAUCCCGCCGCAGCGGCCCGGGGCCGAGCAGGGGCUAGACUGGGAGGGAGUGGCGCCCAGCGGGGCCUGGAGCGUGGCCAGAAUGGUGCUGGAAGGAAACCCUGAAGUGGGGUCCCCCCGAACCUCAGACCUCCAGCACCGGGGGAACAAGGGCCCUUGCGUUCUCUCCUCUCCCGGUGAAGAUGCACAGCCAGGCGAGGAGCCCAUCAAGUAUGGUGAACUCAUUGUCUUGGGAUGCUGUGAGGAAGGAGGUGAGGAAACCGAGGCUCAGAGAGGGGAAGUGACUGGCCCAAGGGCACACAGCUGCUACAAUGGAUGUCUGGCAAGUGGGGACAAGGGCCGCCGGCGAAGCCGCCUAGCACUGAGCCGCCGGCCGCAUGCCAACGGAGUGAAACCAGAUGUCAUGCACCACAUCUCCACGCCGCUCGUCUCCAAGGCACUGAGUAACCGUGGCCAGCACAGCAUCUCGUACACAUUGUCCCGGAGCCACUCAGUCAUAGUGGAGUAUACACAUGAUAGUGACACAGACAUGUUCCAGAUUGGCCGCUCCACGGAGAACAUGAUUGACUUCGUAGUAACAGACACAUCCCCUGGAGGAGGGGCUGCCGAGGGCCCUUCUGCCCAGAGCACCAUCUCCCGCUAUGCCUGCCGCAUCCUCUGUGACCGCCGGCCGCCCUAUACUGCCCGCAUCUAUGCCGCUGGCUUCGACGCCUCCAGCAACAUCUUCCUUGGAGAGCGGGCGGCCAAAUGGCGGACCCCAGAUGGCCUGAUGGAUGGACUGACCACCAAUGGAGUCCUGGUGAUGCACCCGGCAGGCGGCUUCUCCGAGGACUCAGCCCCGGGUGUCUGGCGGGAGAUCUCGGUCUGUGGGAAUGUGUACACAUUGCGGGACAGCCGCUCAGCCCAGCAGCGGGGCAAGCUGGUGGAAAACGAGUCCAACGUGCUACAGGACGGCUCUCUCAUCGACCUAUGUGGGGCCACACUGCUGUGGCGCACACCAGCGGGGCUGCUGCGGGCUCCCACACUGAAGCAACUGGAGGCCCAGCGGCAGGAGGCAAAUGCAGCGCGGCCCCAGUGCCCCGUGGGCCUCAGCACUCUGGCCUUCCCUAGCCCAGCCCGUGGCCGCACGGCACCCGACAAACAGCAGCCCUGGGUCUACGUCCGCUGCGGGCACGUCCAUGGCUACCACGGCUGGGGCUGCCGGCGGGAGCGGGGCCCCCAGGAACGUGAAUGUCCUCUCUGCCGCCUUGUGGGGCCCUAUGUGCCCCUGUGGCUUGGCCAGGAGGCCGGCCUCUGCCUGGACCCUGGGCCGCCCAGCCAUGCCUUUGCACCCUGUGGCCACGUCUGCUCUGAGAAGACUGCCCGCUACUGGGCCCAGACACCACUGCCCCACGGCACCCACGCGUUCCAUGCUGCCUGCCCCUUCUGCGGGGCCUGGCUUACCGGCGAGCAUGGCUGCGUCCGUCUCAUUUUCCAGGGCCCACUGGAUUAGGCUCCCUGGAGCCCCCUGCUGCUGUGCCCACCUGCCCGCCCAGGUCCCCACCUCCUGCAGCCCAGAGGGAGCUCUGCAUGUGGGACACUCCCUGCUGGCAUAUAGCCACACCAGAUGGACAUGUUGGAUGGGCUGCGCCCUUCCUCCCAACUGUGGCCCCCCCAAGGAGGUCCCCGAGAUCUCCACCCCAGUCAUGCCAAUGGGGCCUUCAGCACUGGCUCUGUCCUGGGUUGAUGGAGGAAAGGCCAGCCCCAUGCCCUUGCCCUUCCUGGGGCAUCCCACAUCGUGCCGCCGACACUGUGUGCCCCUGGGGGAGUGAAGGGGUCAGGGGCCCCUGACCCCCAGCUUAGGCUGGCUGUGCCCUGAGCCUGCCAACCCAGUUUCAGACACUUAUCCUUCUUGCUGCCACCCUGGGUUCCUCUAUAAACCUCGAUGCUCAGCUGCCCUCACAAGUCCCACGUGCCCCGCAUGCGUGCAAUGCCUCCAGCCCCAGAGUGAGUGGUGGGUAGGUGGCAGGCUGGGCCAAGCAUUUGCUGAUAGCCAGUGGGCUGGACUCUGUGCUAAGUGGUCUCUGGGGAUACAGAGGCAAUCAGACCUGGUUCCCCACCUGGCAGAGUUCACAGUCUAGUGGAUGACAGACCGUUACCAAAUGGCAACACAGCUUCAUGUGUGCCAGGAUCAGAGUAUGAUUGGGCUGUGGCAGUCCUCACUGGUCAUGGAAAAGUGAGGGAGGCUUCACGGAGGAGGUGGCAUAGGAGCUCAGCCUCAAUGGCUGCUCGGAACCCUCCGGGUCCACAGGAUGGGAAGCGUGCUCUAUACAGAAGGGAGGGCCUGUGCACAGGCUCAGGUGUCAGUAAGCCAGGAAUCCAGGGACAGAUUCAGGGUGGCUAGAGCAUGGACUGCAGGGGGACAGAGAAGGAGGUGGAGCAAAAGGUUGAGACCAUGUGACCAGGGAAGAUUGUGACCAAGGAAGAUGCUGGAUGGAGGAUUCUGAAACUCAUUUGUGGAUGGUCAGGAGUUAACAAAGGGAGGAGAGAGGACUCACUGGUCAAGAGUGUCGGCUGUGACACAAGGGCCAUCAUCCCUGAAUGCCCACCAUGUGCCCCGCACUGUGCUGAUAAUAAUAAUAACUGUCCAUUGAGCACUCUCCAGACACCAGGCUCUGCUUCUUGGAGGUUUUGUUAUUUAAUCCUCAUAGUAACCCAAGAAGGGAGGUGUUGCCAUUUGUGUUUCUGAGGAGAUGAGGGCAGAUUCACCAAGUCACACAAUUAGAAAGUGACCAAGCCAGGAUUUGAAUCCACAGCUGCUCCUCUGCAUCACAGUGUUGCUUUCCUUCAACAGAGUUGGGGGUGACCCAAGCAGGGUUUUGGAUCCUGGAUUAGUGGGCACGCACCUGCUUCAUGCCCAGCCCUGCACAGGGCCCCUGCAGUGGGCAAGGCCCUGCCUCUGGCAGCCCAUGGUCUGCGGAAAGACCUACCUGUGCUUGUGCUGGAAGCUGACCCCUACACCUGUGCUGACCACCUGCACCCCAGGUCAGCAUGCAGUGGGCCAUCAGCCAGGCUGGAAGUGUUUGGAGCAGUGAGAACCAGGAGCUAUAGAAGGCCCAGGAAGGACCUGGAGACUGAGCCAAGUCUUGAAUGGCAGAGCAUCUCCAGAGGCAGGGAGAGUUGGGAGGGCAGCCCAGGUAAGGGGAACAGCAUGGCAUGGCAGGAAACAUGCCCAGUGUGGAGGGGGGCCCCAAAAGGGAAUGGGGAGUGGGGAAGGUUGCUGGGGCCUGUUGGGCCUUGAUUGCUGUGGAAGCCAAGCCUGAACUAGAUUCCUGCUCAUCCUGGCCACAGGUGGGGAUGUGGCUGGGGUUGCUCCCAGACCAUUCCUCGGGUUAGUGAGCCAGGAAGACAGAUGGCUGUUCUGGAGAUGAAGAGAAGAAGGUCUGAGUACAGGCCUGACCUGAUCUGGGUCCCCAGGAGAAGGCGGAUGGCAGAGCCUAGGGGAGUGCAGAUUCCAAGGGGAAGGACGGACCUGCCCAAGGCCGCACAGUUGGUUGGGGCCAGGGAGACCAGGCCUGGGCUAUUGCAAGGAUCGAGGGCACCACAUGUGAUGAGAGGAGGAGGGUGUGAUCAGAUUCUUGCUUCCAGAGCAUGGCACUGAUGCAGUGGGGGCAAGAAGGAGGGUGGGGAUGCUACAGGAAGCAUUGGAGCAUUCCAACUUCUCUCCCCCCAUAUAUAUACAACAAAGCACUAAAAAUCCAACUCUUCCAAGUACUCAGGUAUUGGUGGAGGGGAUCAGACAGCCCUGGUCUUGUCCCAGCUCUGCCUUUGCCAGUUCUGAGAGCCUGUUUCCUCAAUGUUAAAAGGAAUAACAGUCACUACCUUGCCAGGUGGUUGUGAAUAUAUGGAGGGCACCUGUAACAGUUGAUUCAUAAGUGUUACUCCUCACCUACCCCUUGUUCAUUCCCAUGGGGAAGAGCCAAGGCUGGGGAGUUAUGACUCCAGUUAUAGACUGCUCCAUGCAAGAGAGAGAGAGAGAGAGAGUGUGUGUGUGUGUGUGUGUGUGUGUGUGUGUGUGUGUGUGUGUGUGUGUGUGUUGGAGUCAGGUGAAGGGGACAGUGUAGUGCGAGAUCUGAAUCAGGCCAGGCCCCAGUUCAGGGACGCCUGAACUGUGUGGCGUUACAGCAGGUGGUGAACCUCAGCCUCAGUUUCCCCAUCUGUACAAUGGGUAAAGUGAUGAUACCUCAGGAAUUUUGCAAGAAUUAAAUAAGGUCCUCCAUGCCAAACUGGUAGCAAGGGACCUCAAUACAUGCUCAUAUUAUCUGUAAUCAUAAAAAUGUGAUCACGCA